CCUCCCCCCCCCCCCUCUGCAUGCGUCGAGUGCGAAGUCAAAGCCGGCUGCGUUCCCAGCCUCACGGACUGACGGACGGCGUGGAGCCAAUAGCCUCGCAGUGACCUGCUCAUCAUAAGUGGGGUGGGUGGGGGGUGUGUGGAGGAGCAACGAAUAUUGAGAGAGAGAGAGAGAGAAACGACGGAGCGACGAGAAGAUCUACAAAUCGCUAAGGACAAGAACGCGAAUACAGCGAGAGAGGGACACACAGAGACACACGCACGCACGGAGAGAGAGAGACACGCACAUACACAGAGAGAGAGAGACACACACACACACAGACGCACACACACAGACACACACAGAGACACACACAGAACCACAGAGAGAGAGAGAGAGACACACACACACAGACACACACACAGAGACACGCACACACACGAACAGAGAGAGACACACACGAAUACCGCUCACUGUCGCUUAAAGACGCGGAUUCAAUCGCAGCGCGCUCGCACCUGGCGCGCACCAGAUUCUUUCUCACUCUGUUAUCUCCGACGGCUGGCGACGACAACAAAAAAAACCCACAAAAAUCCGCGCGUCCGCGAGUCGAGGAGGGAGGACGAUGUUCCAGCCACCCACCAAGCGCUGCUUCACCAUCGAAUCUCUCGUGGCUAAGGAUGGUGGCGACUCUGUAUCCGCGGCCGCAACUUUGCAACAACAACAGCAGCAGCAGCAACAACAGCAGCAACAGCAGCAACAACAGCAACAACAGCCGGCUUACCCGAUACCCGGAGGUGCGAAUCCGUUGACUUGCGGUGCCCAGCCACCGCAUCCAUUCGCGGCAGCGGCGGCGGCGGCAGCGGCCGCGGCUGCCAGCCGGGCGGGGAUGCACCCGGAGUUGUUCUUCCACGACGCCCAUCACCUGCAGCCACUGCUCGCCGUGCCCGCCAUGCACCCGUCCGGCCACCACCACCACCACCACUUGUCCCACCCGCCUCCGUCGCUGCCCCUGUUCGGAGGUCCGCAGGGGAGGGAUGCCAUCAGUCUCUACCCGUGGCUAUUGCAUCGGCCGCGGUAUCUUGGGCACAGAUACCCAGGUGCCGACGGCAGCGCCGAGAGCCUCCUGCUGCACAGUCCGUUCGCGCGCAAGCCGAAGCGCAUCCGCACGGCGUUCUCGCCCUCGCAGCUGCUGCGUCUGGAGCACGCGUUCGAGAAGAACCACUACGUGGUGGGAGCCGAGCGCAAGCAGCUCGCCAGCAGUCUCAGCCUCAGCGAGACGCAGGUAAAGGUAUGGUUCCAGAACAGGCGAACCAAGUACAAGAGGCAGAAGCUGGAGGAGGAAGGGCCGGAGAGUCCGCAGAAGAAGAAGAGCUCCCAUCACAUCAACCGGUGGAGGCAGGCGACCAACCAAGGCAGCGGCGACGAGAUAGACGUCACGUCGGAUGACUGACACGCAAGCAGUGACGUCCCACCCACCCCUCCUCCGCACCCCCCGGGAGGAGACGGAACGCUCACGCGGAGCGCUGCGCGUGCAGAGCGACGGAGAGACAGAAUCGACGCCGCCGUGCCCACACGGACUUUGCAAGAAGCGCGUCCUGCCGGCAAUUUCGCAGUUCUGCGGAGGCGUCGUCAUCACGAUUACUCUCGUCGCUCGUGAGACGCGCGGCUGUGGACAAUUCGUGGUGAUGUUGUUUCCUAUUGCGAGAAAAAAAAAAGCCGGUACUGUUUAUUCACGAGACACGCUUGCGUCCCGCGAGCGUGGUGGGGAGGAGGAGGAGAGGGAGGAUCAAAGCAACAAUUUCCCGAGUCGGGCAGAUGGGGGCAGUGUGUGAUACGCGAUGCAGCAAACAGAAAACAACAACAGCAGCAGCAGCCACCGUCCGCCUGCAAUUAGCCACUAGGGAGAUGUCAAGAGGGAGAGCUAAAUUGCCUUGUUGACGCCAGGCGCCAGUUGGAGGCAACACGCGUGCAUUACAUACCCACCGUUAAUGCACACACGCGCGUUUGUAUGUGUGGGUGUGUGGGGAGCGGUUAGCUUCGCUCGUUCAUGACCAAUAACCGUGGCGAACAUUCGAAUCGGGUCUGGGUCUCGUCCAGGUUGACUCGCCCUCGAAUGAGUAGCCUGGUGUGGUGUGUAAAUAUCGUCACGGGGGAGACAAAGGCGGCCGGGCGUGGUGCUGGCUGGCCACCCAUCCCCUCGCCUUCAUAGGCGCUCUCUAAACAGAACUUGGCACCGCAUGACCCAGCAGCUUCUGUUUGGCCGGAUAGAGGGGGCUAAUCGGGCACGGCACGGGCUCGAGAAGAGAUAUGGAGUGAUGUGGCACAGAAGGAUGUGGAGCUGAUUGGACUUGCCGAUGACUGCUGCCAGCGGUGUCAAUAUCGGUCAAUGUAUCACGGAGGGCGGAUGGGCGACGCUCACAACAACGAGCGGAGCGCCGGGAGGAUAAAACGCAGCAAGUUGCCACAGUGUGGAGCGCACAGGUGGCGCAUCUGCCGGCCAUCUCAAUCAGUCACCCCAUGGCACCUGGGUCUCUCCCGUGACCUCCUGCAGCCAGAGAGCCUUCGACACACUCCACGUGGCCUCGAGGUGUAAUACCUAGCCCGUCACAAGCGCCGUUGUGCGCCAUCGCCGCUAUAGUGGCGAACGACGGUUGUUGUUGUUGUUGUGUGCGUGGGAUCGAUGUGUCACAGCAUUAUAAAGCGAGCGCGCGUGGCUGAGAUCUGUCGAACCGCGCGCGAGCGUGUGUGUGGUUCUUAUUUUUUUGGUUGCCCUACGGCAGGGGUGGGGGAACCUUUUUUCUGCCAAGGGCCAUUUGGAUAUUUAUAACAUAUACAAAAUUAUCAACUUAAAAAUUAGCCCGUUCUAUUUGGUCAAACAUUUCAUUACUCGCCCCUAAUGCGAUGGCUGGAACUGCUUCUAUUUGGCGAGGCGUGUGAUGUUAGCUGGCUAUUGAUGAUGUUGCUGCUACUCGCAACUGCUUUUCCAGGUUUGCUCCUAGAGAUUCAUUGAAUUUCGAGUCCCGCCUGCGGUUGGCUUGGCAGGGCCACACCAAAUGAUUUCGCGGGGCCUUAAACGGCCCGCGGGCCGGACGUUCCCCACUCCUGCCCGACGGAAUCGUGGUAACGUCGAAGGAGGAAAACCUUUGUGAGGCGCUGCUCGAUUAAGCGGAACGUUACCUGGCCCGUGAAAAUGUGGAGAAAUCGACACGGGUUGAAAGGGAAGGAAUACAAAAAUACACUAAUGAUAAUAAUACUCUUGCAACCUGUUCUGUGAGCAACGUUGUCCAAGAGUUGUGCGCGCGGAUAUUGGCCGAUGAUGUCCCCCAACUCCUCACCCUUCCCAAAAGGAACCCCACGCAAUCGUUUAUCGUUGUUUUUAUUUUUGUUAUCGACGCCGCCAUACGCGCGACGAGAUCGGUGUUUUGCUCCAAGUGGAUUGUAAAGAUAACACGAGAUAAAAUUAUUUAAGUCCGUUUUGAAUAAAUUGUACAUACGUUAUACUGUACUUGCAUCGAUUGUUUACGAACCUUGUGUUUCCAUGUCAGAGUUAGGUCUAUCUAAUUAUAUAUGUCGACUUUUGCCUGUGAUGUGUGCAAAUAUUAAAAGUAAAAAAAAAUAAAGUAAAUGAUAUUGUGCAUGAAAGCAACCCCCA